UUGUCACUUAUUGCCAUAAAUUUCUUUGACAGAAAAAAUUCUUUCCCCCCACCCCUCCUUUCAAAUAUACUAGGGUGAUGGCGGCAAGAAAUAUGAGUGUGGAGACAGUCUUUGUCCUCUUGGGUUUCACAGAUUACCCAGAGCUUCAGAUCCCUCUCUUCCUCGUGUUUCUGCUCAUGUACAUUGUCACUGUGGUAGGCAAUCUCGGAAUGAUAGUAAUAAUCAAGAUUAACCCCAGGUUUCACACCCCCAUGUACUUUUUCCUUAGUCACCUUUCUUUUGUUGAUUUUUGUUAUUCUUCCAUCGUUACUCCCAAACUUCUGGAGAACUUGGUCAUGGCUGAUAAAAGCAUCUUCUACGCUAGCUGCAUGUUGCAGUACUUCCUGUCUUGCACUGCUGUGGUGACCGAGUCCUUCUUGCUGGCAGUGAUGGCCUAUGACCGCUUUGUGGCCAUCUGCAAUCCUCUGCUCUACACAGUGGCCAUGUCACCGAGGCUCUGUGCCCUGCUGGUGGCUGGAUCAUAUCUCUGGGGCAUGUUUGGCCCCUUGGUACUCCUUUGCUAUGCUCUCCAACUAAACUUUUUUGGGUAUAAUGUAAUUAACCACUUCUUCUGUGAAUAUACUGCUCUCAUCGCUGUCUCGAGCUCUGAUAUACACAUUCCCCAGCUGCUGCUCUUUGGUUUCGCCACUUUCAAUGAGGUGAGUACACUACUGAUCAUCCUCGCUUCGUAUGCUUUUAUUUUUGUGACUGUACUAAACAUUCGUUCUGCCAGUGGACGUCGCAAAGCCUUCUCCACCUGUGCCUCCCACCUGACAGCCAUCACCAUCUUCCAUGGGACCAUCCUCUCCCUCUACUGUGUGCCAAACUCCAAAAACUCUCGGCAAACUGUCAAAGUGGCCUCUGUCUUUUACACAGUGGUCAAUCCCAUGCUGAACCCUCUGAUCUACAGCCUGAGGAAUAAAGAUGUGAAGGAUGCCUUCUGGAAAUUCAUAGACACAAAAGUCCCAUCUCACUAAAACAACCUCAAAGGAUAUUUUCAAUCCCGAAGAGAACAGGAAUAGAAUCUGAAACACUUCUAAAACCUUUAGUAAAUAUUUGCAUGAGGUUUUUAUGGAUGUCUGUGAUGUUACCAUAUUGUGACUUGGUUAGCUCAAAUACCUUGAAGGUGCCAAAGAAGUUAAUUCUGGGAUAAAUUCCACAGGGUUUUGGUCUAUAAAGCAUUUAUUUCUUCAAAUUCUGUAAAAAAAACCCCACAUAAAAUACUACAAAGCACAACAGGUGGUUCAUACAGAGAAUAAAGUUACUGAAAGGAUGAUCUUCACUCACCUUAAAAAAAGUCUUUCUGCUUUGUUACUGCACUUGACCAUGGGUGGCUUGCCUUUAAAUGUAUUUGUGUUGUGUGUCACUGAAGCAUUGUGUCUUUGUUGGGAGGUACAGGGGUAUAUGCUGUAUGAUAGAAGCAGGAAUAAGUCUUUGCUGAUACUUUCCUUCCUGGGAAUCUGUGAAUUCCAUGAAUGGACAGUCAUCUUAUGUUGAGAAACAAUUGACUUAAAACGGGAACUUACUGUUGACUCCAAAUCUAGUGCCCUUUUCACCAGAAUACCUCUGAGACUAUUAGUCCGAGAGGUCAUGAAAAUUAAUUUUGUCACUUGGAAAUGACAAUCACUGGAGUCACUUUAAUAUCCUUAGAUUAUGUGUGGAUAUUCUUUCUAAAAAGGCUGCAUUCCAAGUCUUACCAGGUCUGGAAAUUUCUAUAAGCAUUAUUCAGUCUAGUGCAUACAUGUUAGGGUCAAGGUGAAGGUAAUAUACAUUUUAUUGGGGAAUACUGAGGAAUCAUUUCAAAACUUCUGUUAUAAUGUUUUUAUGAAUGACUAGCAAGCAUGAAUAUCUAGUAAAAAACAGCUUAAAAAUCAAAGCAAAUUAUAGUAGGAAGGCUAUCCUUAUAGAAUUUAAAAUUAAUUAUAGACAUUAUUAUUAAAACAGUGUCAUAUUGGAACAAAUAGAUGGUCAUGUGAGAAGAAGAUAAAUGUUUUAUUUCACAUGCCUUGAGAGAGUUCUAAAACAAGUUUAAAAUUUAGAUUAUCUGAAUAUACAAAACUUCUU